CCUGGCCUGUCGGUUCCCGUGCUCAAUUCAGAGCUUAUAAUAUCUCAUCACCUUGAAUCCUAAUCUCAAUCACACUCCACCCAUUUCCUCCUCUUUCCCCAUCCAUCCCUUCGGCUGCAAACUUCCAACAGUCUCCCCUUUUAUUUCUGCCACGACCCUAUUGCCAUCGCCUCUUCCCCUCGACACUAGCCAUGGGAGCCAAACACUCAAAAGAAAACAAGGACCUCGCACGGCGAACUCACUUCUCGAAAAGAGAGAUCAACACGCUGAGACGAGAGUUCGAAAAGACCUCGAACGCCUCAAAGUCUAAUGUCCUCACGGAGGCACAGUUCAAAGAGACUUUCCGCCGUAUCUUGCACUCGUCGCCCCUGGACGAUGUCUUUUUGACAAGGCUCUAUUCUGCCUUUGAUACCAAUCCUAACUCAAAGGGCGUGAAUUUCAAGGAGUUCAUCGAGGGAUUAAGUGUCUUCAUGAAGGGUACCCCGGAUGAGAAACUUGAACUGUCCUUCAAGCUGUACGAUAUUGACCACGUCGGAUACAUCACUCGACCAGGACUGGAGAAGGCCAUGACCCAGCUCCAUUCUGUGGUCGCUGGGUCCAGCCAGGAUGAGACGCACCAAAUCCAAGAGCUGGUCAAACGAAUCUUUGACGAUCUGGACGUCAACAACGAUGGAAAGCUGUCGCUGGAAGAGUACAAGCUAAACUCAAUGAAAGAGCCGCUGAUCGUCGAUUUUUUGAGUCAGUUCCUUGCAGACCAGACAGAUUCCAGCUCCAACUCGAUCUGCUCUGCUCUUUCAGUCCCACCCUCGCCUCGCUCUGGUUCCUCGCCACCUUCGCCUCGCUUCGGUCAUUUCGCACCACCAUCUCCAAGACUGAGGGAUUCACUUUAUGGAACAGGACACGUUUUCCAGACAUCUUCACCGUCAGGCAGCUUCCGACUAAGCAACUCUCAUAGUCUUCUAUGGCUAAACGGAGGUGUAAAUGGUAGUGGCGAUCUGUUGGGCAAGGUGAACGAAUUUGAGGGAUUGGUAGCAGCGGAGGAAGAACAGAAAGCAGCGAAGGAGAAGAAGGCAGCAGCACUGGCAGCAGCAACAGCAGAGAACGGCACACAGGAGACGAAGGGGCCCUCUUCACCAGUCAACAUUAUCGUUGUGCCCUCAGAAGAUGAGACAAAGAAACAAACAUCCGAGACAGCGGUAUCAUCAGCGGUUUCGACGGAGGCAGUGCCCGUCAAGGAUGCAGCCCAUGUGAAUGGUCACUCUGCCAAUGGCGUGGUAAGCACUACUGCCACCAUCGCAUCAGACGAAGUGAAAGAGAAGGAGCAGCAUCAGGCCAAUGCGGAAGAUCUUUCAACUGUGAACUUGGAGAAGGCGGAGACCAAUGGAGGUCUUGAAGCGAAACCAGAGCCUACGUUGGAAGAGACAGCCGCGAAGCUGGACAUCCAGGCCAGCUAAAUAAUCCAUGGAGCGGAAGAAAACAACAACCAGGGCCCGGAGCAUGAGUAGCGGUCCCUAUGCCUUUGACUAUCUUAUACCAGUACCAUUAUUCACAUGCCGCCAAGUUCUAAUAAAAGAAAAAAAGAUAUCAAUC